GGCAAAAAGGAGUGCGAAACCAGUCUCCCUCUCUCUCUCUCUCUACGCCAAACAGAAGCCCUUCCCUCACCUUCGCCCUGGAACGAUCGAGGCCCCUCGUUCACUCUUUCGAAUUUCUGGAGAUAUCAGGCCCUUAGAUGCAUAACAGAACUAAGUUGAAGUCUGCUAAUGAAGACAAAUCUCCUAAGGUCAACUGGUGCAAUCAUGCAUCUGCUUUUGAGGAUUUUUCCUGUCAAGACAAAUUUUUGAGCUCAGGUUUUUUGUUCUCUUUACCGACACAAAAACCUCAAACCCAGAAAAGUGUUGAUCAGUUGUUGUGUACAAGGUCUAUUGCUUGUGAAGUUCAUGGAAGCGAGAGGCUACAAUUGUUACAAGUUGAGAAGGCCUGGAAAGCUCUUUCGAGCAUGCAACUGGCUUGCAGGAAUUACUUGAUACCUGGUUUAACUGCUCCAGUACAGAACCAUAACAAAGAUCAUCUUCGAGCUCCAUUUACUGACUCAUCCAACAAUGUUAAGAAUGUGGAUACUUCCCAAGUAUUUAAAGGCCCAUUCCAUGAAAAUAUGCCUUCUCAUGUCAAUUACAGUUCACAUUCUAGAUCAUUCCCUCAAUAUGAUUCACCACAUUAUGCAACAGACUCAUUGCUAAAAAGUACUUACGAUAAGAACAAUAAUGUAGCUUCAGAAAUGGCACAAGUAACUGGAGCACAAAUGCAGAGCUCUGCCACUCAUCGGGUUAUUGAUGACCAUGAGCUUGUGUGUACUGCUGCUGAUAAUCUUGCUGAUGACAAGUUUUUAGAUGCUCUUGAUGAUGAUGAAAUAUUGGAGAGUAUUGAUGUUGACCAAAUAGUUAUGGAACACUAUCAAGUAACUGCCACACCAGAAGGAUUUAUGUGUAAACAGACACCUUUUACCCCAGUUUCCAGUAGAAGUUGUACGGUAAUCCCUGAUGAAAACAUGUUGCCACCAGAACUACAUGAAUCAUGUAUUCAUGGCUCCAAGCUAGCUCUGUGUCCAGAAGCUGCAAUUCAUCUGCAAGAGAUGAAGGAUCAGCUCAUUGCUGUAUCAAAUGAACUUCUUGAUAAUGCUACUGAGCUUAGUCCUCCGGACUGUGAAAAUCUUCGUCAAAAGCGGUUAUAUCUGAAUAAGAAGAUCCAGCUGCUUGAGAAGUACCUUUGCAGUCUAAAUCUAGAUGAAGAAAGACAGAGAUCACAUUCUAUGGCAUCAUCAACUACUGCAAGGGGUUUUGGACCUGAGAACCCCACAAACAAAUAUAUGAUAGAUCCUAUUAGGUUUAACACCCAGGUUCAUCUAAGAAAUGAAACAGGGAACUGUAUGAUGUGGAGCUCACCUGCCCCAUCCCACUAUACAGAUAGGUUUGAUGCUGCACCCUUGGAAAGAGAAGUGUUUGCUCCAAAGCUUCAGAACAUUAAUUACGUUGAAGGAUCUGGAGAUAUAAAGUGGAAAAGUUUAGAUUUUCCAUGGACCAAGAAACUCGAGGCCAACAACAGAAAAGUUUUUGGAAAUCACUCAUUUCGUCCUAAUCAAAGAGAGGUGAUUAAUGCAACAAUGAGUGGAUGUGAUGUCUUUGUUUUAAUGCCAACUGGUGGUGGGAAGAGCCUGACAUACCAGCUUCCUGCUCUCAUCAGCCCUGGAAUAACAUUAGUAGUUUCACCGCUUGUCUCACUCAUCCAAGAUCAGAUUAUGCAUUUGUUGCAGGCAAACAUUCCCGCUACUUAUCUUAGUGCCAGUAUGGAAUGGGUUGAACAACAGGAGAUUUUUCGAGAAUUGAUGUCUGGUUCUUGCAUAUACAAGCUGCUGUAUGUCACUCCAGAAAAAAUUGCUAAGAGUGAUGUUUUAUUGAGACACCUGGAUUCUCUACAUUCUCGGGGAUCACUUGCUAGAAUUGUUAUUGAUGAAGCUCAUUGUGUAAGCCAGUGGGGGCAUGAUUUUAGGCCCGAUUAUCAGGGUCUUGGAAUUUUGAAGCAGAAGUUUCCAAAAGUCCCAGUGCUAGCUUUGACUGCUACAGCAACUGUCAGUGUAAAGGAAGAUGUUGUACAAGCUCUUGGGCUUGUGAACUGCAUUGUUUUUCGACAGAGUUUCAAUCGUCCAAACUUGUGGUACUGUGUAAUACCCAAGACAAAGAAGUGUUUGGAGGACAUUGACAAAUUCAUCAAAGAAAAUCAUUUUGAUGAUUGUGGCAUCAUCUACUGUCUCUCAAGAAUGGACUGCGAAAAAGUGGCUGAAAAGCUACAGGAAUUUGGACAUAAAGCAGCAUUUUACCAUGGGACCAUGGACCCUCUUCAAAGAUCAUAUGUGCAGAAGCAGUGGAGUAAAGAUGAGAUCAACAUAAUUUGUGCCACUGUGGCAUUUGGAAUGGGUAUCAACAAACCUGACGUUCGUUUUGUUAUUCAUCAUUCUCUUCCAAAAUCUAUUGAAGGUUAUCAUCAGGAAUGUGGACGUGCUGGUAGAGAUGGUUUACGAUCAUCUUGUGUACUGUACUACAACUAUAGUGAUUAUAUUCGUGUCAAGCACAUGCUUACCCAAGGCAUGAUUGAGCAAAGUCCCUUGGCAUCUGCAUCAAGACGCAAUUCGUUUGUCAGCAAUGAUAGAGUGUUUGAAACAAAUAUUGAGAACCUUUCACGCAUGGUUAGCUAUUGUGAGAAUGAAACAGAUUGCAGACGUUUACUACAACUGAUUCAUUUUGGUGAAAAGUUCAAUCCAGACAACUGUAAAAGAACCUGUGAUAAUUGUUCAAAACUGUUGACUUGGGUUGAGAAGGAUGUAACUGAUAUAGCAAAGCAAAUGGUUGAAUUAGUAAUAUCAACUGGAAAGCAGUAUUCAACAUCUCAUGUUCUGGAAGUAUACAGGGGUUCCCUGAGCCAAAAUGUUAAGAAACAUAGGCAUGACAAUUUGGGCCUUCAUGGAGCUGGAAAGCAUCUGCCAAAAGGUGAAGCAUCAAGAGUUAUUCGUCAUUUAGUUGUUGAAGAUAUACUUGUGGAAGAUGUCAGGAAAAGUGAUAUUUAUGGAUCCAUUUCUUCUGUUUUAAAGGUAAACGAGUCUAAGGUGCAAAGACUUCUCUCUGGAAAACAAAGGAUCAUAUUGAGGUUUCCUGCUCCUGCAAAGGCAUCUAAAAUGAACAAACCUGAAGGGACACCAGCAAAGGGUUCAUUGCCAAUGAACACAAUGACAUAUGACAUGGGCGCUCAAUCAACAAAUGAAAUCGACCUGAAUCUUUCUGUCAAACUUUAUGCUGCUUUACGUAUGCUGCGAACAGCUCUUGUAAAAGAAGCUGGUGAGGGGGUCAUGACAUAUCACAUAUUUGGAAAUGCCACAUUGCAGCAGAUUAGCAAGAUAAUACCAAGAACCAAAGAAGAACUUCUCGAGAUCACUGGCAUUGGAAAGGCAAAGGUCCAUAAGUACGGGGAUCGUGUGUUGGAAACUAUAGAAACUACAAUCAGAGAGUACCGUAAAACGAGUAGGAAUAGCAGCAGUAGCAGCAAUGAUAAUGCUGAUGGAACAAAGAAGCGGAGGGGCUCAGCAGGCAGCGAACCAGGUGCUAAUGAUGAUGACUUUGCCGAAAGCACCGUGCAGUCAAAAAAACGAGUAGCAAAACUAGUAAACAGCCAAAAUGGUCCAGCAGACACCACAAGCAUGUCAGCUUAUAAUGGUCGGUGUAUAGAUAUCGAUCUUGAUGGUUAUGAGAUGGAGAGUGAGGAUUCAGUUCCUCCUACGAGGCAGGGACCCCCUGGUCGAGUUCUGCCUCAAUGGUUAACUCCAGCAAACCAAAUCAACAGCCGCAUAGGUGGCCUUUUUAAGGAAUACGCAUUCAAGAAAUAGUUGGAUAAGCGAGAUGGUUGCCCUUUCCGGUUCCUCCUGGCGAUUUGCUUCCAGUCUACAAGGUCAUCCAUUCUGUACAUCACAUCCACUUUGCGGGCUGCUAACUUCAAUUCUGCUGCUGGAAAAUGUCUUUUGGGUGCAAGGUCGAUUUUGAUGUCUGGUUAAAAGUCUAGUUAGGGUGGGUGGGAGGUGCAAAGAGUUUGGAGGAAACGUGACCAAAUUUUUGAAGACAUGUUAAUAGUUAUGCAAGGCACAAGUAGUGAUGUAUACUUAGCUGCGCGAUGCAAGUGCAAUUUUGAUAUACUUUUUUGAGAAUUUGUAGGGCAAUUGCGUUAUUGUAAAUUCCUAUCUACUACACCAAGCCAAGGAUCAGAUUGUCUUUAUGGAAUGGGAGGGUGCCCAAAUUUCUG